AUCAAGCGGUGGUCAGUGUCGCCCACCUCCGCCGGGUUUAUGUCGGAAUACAAGCAAAGAAAUGCGUCUUAACGGAUCUAACGGAAAACACACCGCUAAUAUUUGUCCAUUUUUUACUUAGUUUCCUCCGUUCAACUCGAUGAUAAAAUAUGGACUGCGCCUGAACAGAGAAGCAGUGAAGGAGAGACACUUUUCAGGGGGGAGAGAGAGGAAGGGGGUCCUGCAGCAGCUUGACAGAGAAAGACAGACAGACAGAGAGAACAACAGACACUGACAGACUCCAGACAUCAUGUCUGUCUCUGCAAAGCAGGAGAGAACCAUUUGUGUUCUCCUCCCCAACAAAGAACAGCUGGACAUCACUGUUGGACUGAAGUCCACAGGCCAGGAUGUUUUCAACCGUGUGGCAGAGCUCCUUGGGAUCAAAGAGUUGCACUUCUUUGGCCUCACAGUUGUAAAGGACAAUGAGCACAUAUUUUUGGACAUGGAAGAGAAGCUGACUAAGUACUUUCCUAAGGAAUGGAAGCAAGAUUCAGGAAAGGCCUUGCAGAAGAGAGCCCUGCCUCUGGUACUUUGUCUCAAAGUGCAGUACUACGUGGAGAACGGAAGACUCAUUUCUGAGCGGAAGGCACGGCAUCUGUACUACUCCGACUUGCGAGAGCGAGUGCUACGAUCUGAAUGCCGUCAGCAGGAGGAGGUGUACUUCCAGCUGGCAGGUUACGCCUUGCAGGCUGACCUAGCUGACCACCCGCUGCCAGGGGAGGAUAAGGAGGCUACCCCUUACUUUCAGCCUAAAGACUAUUUCCCUCCAUGGAUUCUGGCCAAGCGUGGAGUGAACUACCUCCUCUGCCAUGGGCCCAAGGUGCAUCAGGAACUGUGGGGCAUGUCUGCUCGCGACGCCAUCCUGCACUUCAUCCGGGAGUCCUGCCGCCUGGAGGAUGUUCCUGUUACUUUCUACAGACUACAAAAGGACAAGAAGGCAGAGAGAGGGACGGCAUUGCUUGGUUUGACCCUGCGAGGAAUGCAGGUUUAUCAGGAGGUGAACAACAUACGCCAGCUGCUGUAUGACUUUCCCUGGUCUAAUGUGGGACGUCUCACCUUCCUGGGAAAGAAAUUUGAGAUCCAGCCAGAUGGCCUUCCUUCAGCCAGGAAGCUGGUUUACUACACCGGGUCGCCGUUCCGCUCUCGCCACCUCCUCCUGCACCUGAGCAGCAGCCACCGUCUCUACCUCAGCCUCCAGCCAGCCCUCAAACACCUCCGCCAGCUGGAGGAGAGCGAAGAGAAGAAACGUUACAGAGAGUCGUACAUCAGUGAUGACCUGGACCUGGACCCCCCGUGUAGUGAGAGCAGCCCUGGUCUGUCUCGACACUCCACCAGUAGCUCUGGAAUCGAAGUUUACACACGGCAACACAGCAUUUCAACCGAGAUAGCCUCCAUGGAGGAAGAAAGUCAGCGGCGUACAGAGAAGUGUUUCAGCUCAGCGGUCAGCCACGGCAGCUCCUGCACCUCCGGCAUUGAUACAGGCAGUAAGCCUCGAACAGAUGAUGAGUGGCAAGAGGAAGAUAUCCAGACCAGUGGAAGCAGUCCAAAGAAGGUUCUCAUGGAUGAUCUUGAUGAGAUGCUCCAACUGGCUGAUCUUGAGGGGGUCUCGGUGGAUUGCCCAGAGCUCACCUCAGACCCUCACUUGACAGAAAGCAAAGCAUGUCCCACAGACAGCGAUGAUGAUCUAGGGAAGUUACACAGCAAGGAUACUUUAAAACAGGUGCUGAAAUCCAGGGCACAGGUCUGCGUAGAUCGUCACAGCCAGAGUUUGGAUGAUGUCCGUCUUUUACCGCCUCCGGCACCGCUGGGGACCACACUGCUGCCUGAUUCCUCACACAGCUACACCUUUGGGCUCCCAGACGCCCCAGCAAAUACAAAGAUCCCUGCGGACCAUAGUUAUUACCCCCUUUUGCACUGCCAGGCCAAACCUUCUUUCUACGGCCGCAGGUCGACCAACUGCCUCUCGUUGGACCUUCUGGGGGAUGAACAGUUGCUGGAAUUCAUUCUUUGAACACCGUAAAGCACUGAAGUCCUCAACUAACCCAUUCUCUCAAAUGGGGAAUUUGUUACAUGUGAAUGUCUCCUGGUAUUUUCUCUGUGGGGUUGCUGACAACAAGCGAUGCAUAUGUAGACAGGACCCUGUCUCAUGUAGUAUUUCUCCUAUAACUGCCUUGUAAAGCUGUGGAAUAUAGCGAGAUAACAGAAGCCUAAUCCUGCAGCAUUUCAAUCUGCAAACAACAGCAUAUUUAUUGACAUAAUUUUGCUACUGUAUAUUCUGUACAUACUGGCGCUGCUUCUUUACAACUUCUCAUAGCAACAAACAUUUUUAAUCAACUUUAUUGUCGCAUUUUUGCAAGUUUACAGUGUUUAAAAACUGUGUGGCAGUGUGGACAUGUCUGUGGACAUGUGGGACAUUCAACAGAUGGGAAUCCCUUUCCUUACUCUAAUCUUAUUUGCUGAUGUGAACACUUUGGGAAAUUGUGAUUGUUUUAUACAGGAGGAUCUCCGGAAGCCACGGUGCUACUGUUUGUGCUCCUUUAUGCUUUUAUGUCCUUUUUUUUUUAAAAUCAUAUUUUAUAAGAUGCUCAGUGUUUUUUUUAUAGCAUGGACAGUCGCCCCUUGCCUGUCAGUCUGCCACAACAAUCCAAAUCAGUUGAUGAUGCUUAAUCCUGAAUUUUGUUAAAGCUGUUUAUGCAUUCAUCAUUCUUCAUUCAAAGCUUCCUCUUGCUAUACUUCCUUCCACUUUCGUAAUUAGAACAGCAAAGUAUUAUUUGUAAAGUACUAUUUCUGGAACGUUGAAGUGUAUAAUCUAUUUUUGUAUUAUGUAACCCCCCCAAACAAAGAGCCUCUUUACUGUUUUGUUCAGACAUGAUUGUCAGGAACUGCUUUGUACAUUAUAACUGGUGAGCUCAGGAUUAGCCAUGUUGUUUGUAACCCAGAUAAACUGAACUCAAUGGGAAAGCAUCUCAGUCCUGAAACACACAAAAAUGUUUAUACAGAGACAAUAAUGUUUGAGGAAAUGACACGGUAUUAAUUCUGAACCACUUCUUUAUAUCUAAAGCACUGUUUUUUAUAUCAUAGUGAAAAUAAAUUAUAAAUGCA